AUGGGUAGUGCCUACCACUGGGAGGCCCGGCGCCGGCAGAUGGCAUUGGACAAGAGGAGGCGGCUGAUAGCCCAGCAGAAACAACAGCAGGUGCAUAAGAAGGGCAAAUCGAAGAACAAAAUCUUAUCUCAGGAAUCAAAGGAGCCACAACCACCCCAAGCAAAAUCACAGCUACCAUCAAAGCAGCAGCGGCCGCAGGCACCACAGCCUCCACAGUCAUCACAGUCUCCACAGCCACCAUCACAGCCUCAGGAACCACAACAACCAUCACGGGCACAGCCACAGGCACCGCCACCACUGCCACAGACACCACCUCAGGCGAUGCAACAAAGUGCUCAGUGCACUUCCACGUGCAAUCUUCAGGAUUCCCAAAUGCCAGGUCUCAGAAACACAUGCCAAUCCAGCACUACCAAAAAUACUGGGUAUUCACGACUCAAGUCUACCAAUUACAUACAGCAAUGGUGAUCCAGAGAUCAAACCAAGACCCCAUCUGCCAUCAUCAAAAAGCAAAUGAGCAACCACACCUUCUUACCAAGCAGCAACAUCGCUAGUCCAAAAGCCAUCUGUUCUAGAAGAUGUGGCUAGCUAGGGAUAAAAUGUGAUUUUUUCCUGGAAAGAAUCUAGAGACUAGUUCCCUUCUCUGGAUGAAGGGAAGUGGGUAGGAGGACCCAUGAGGGGAAUAGAGAGGGUGGGAUAAACAGAGUGAAAGGCUAUUCCAUGCUGUUCCAGGCAAAGCUCCUGGGAGAACUUGGCCUUGGGGCAUCCUCCCAAGCCCACAACUCCUACUACUAUUACUACCUGCCUUUAUUCAGCAAGAUGGGUGGGGGGAAAAGCAAUGAUGGGUCUUUUGGGGGCUUCAAGUUUAUGACUGUCACUGGAGCCAUCACCCCUUCCCCCAAGCCCAGUGCAAUGCCUCAGCUAUUUUUUUUCUUUUUUUUUUUUUAGAGACAAGAGUCUCACUUUGUUGCUCUUGGUAGAGUGCUGUGGCGUCACAGCUCACAGCAACCUCCAGCUCUUGGGUUUAAGCGAUUCUCUUGCCUCAACCUCCCUAAUAGCUGGGACUACAGGAUCCUGCCACAACACCCGGCUAUUUUUUUUGUUGCAGUUUGGCCGGGGCCGGGUUUGAACCCGCCACCCUCGGUAUAUGGGGCUGGUGCCCUAUUCACUGAACUAAAGGCACUGCCCAGGCACUCAGCUAUUAAAUAAUGAUGGGAGCAGGGAGGGAAAGUGCCCAGAGGAAAAGAGGGGCUGUAGCUGCAGGCACAGGAUACCUGAUCUAGGAAAGGGAGGGGGCAUCUCCCUUUCUAGUUAUCAGCCUUUCCAUCCAGCAGAGACAACCCAGAGCCUGCAAAGGCCCCAGGCAUCCCCCUCACUAGCCCAAAGUGGGAGGGCGCAGGGCGGAGAGACCCCAGGUGUCAGGCUUCAGGAGGGUAGAAGCCCUGGGAAGUCCUUUCUUACCCCAUGAUGAGAAAGGCUGCCUCAAGUCACCUCAAACACAACCUCAGUCUGAGGGAUCACUGGGUCACUUCAUUAUAGUCCAUGUAGCACCACCUUUGGUCAACCUGAAGGAGCCCUGUCUCAGUGUAACCCAGGGACGUUUCCUGAUGGGAGCACCUGGAGAGGGCAACGAGGGGGUCAGUCUUUUAGAACAGAAAAGGAAGCUGAGAGGGGAGGAUCCCUUGAGGUCAGGAAUUCAAGAUCCGCUUGAGCAAGAGCAAGACCUCCUCUCCGGCUUAGCACCCGUAGCACAAUGGAUACGGCGCUAGCCACAUACACCUAGGGUUUAAACCCAGCCCGGGCCAGCUAAACAACUGCAACAAAAAAACAGCCAGGCGUUGUGGUGGGUGCCUAGUCCCAGCUACUCGGGAGGAUUGCUUAAGCCCAAGAGUUUGAGGUUGCUGUGAGCUGUGGAUCACACCACAGCACUCUAGUAAGAGCGACAUAAUGACACUCCGUCAAAAAAAAAAAGAAAGAAAGACGUCCUCUCCACUCAAAAUAGAAAAAUUAGUCAGGCCCUUUUGAGUCCUAGCUUCCAAGAUGACAAAGAAAAGAAAGAACAAUGGUUGUUCCAAAAAGGGCUAUGGCUGGCUUGGCACCAGUAGCUUAGUGAGUAGGGCGCCAGCCACAUACACUGAGGCUGGCAGGUUCGAGCCCAGCCCAGGCCCUGCUAAAACAACAAUGACAACAACAACAAAAUAGCUGGGUGUUGUGGCAGGUGCCUAUACCCAGCUACUCGGGAGGCUAAGGCAAAAGAAUCUCCUAAGCCCAAGAGUUGGAGGUUGCUGUGAGCUGUGACACUACAGCACUCUACCAAGGGCAACAAAGUGAGACUCUGUCUCUAAAAAAAAAAAAAAAAAAUGGAGAUUAUACUCAAGAUAAAAAAAAGAAAAAGUAACCAGAGAGCAGUGCCUGUGGUUCAGUGGGUAGGGCGCCAGCCCCAUAUACCGAGGGUGGUGAAUUCAAACCCAGCCCGGCUGAACUGCAACAAGAACAAAAAAAUAGCCGGGUGUUGUGGCCAGUGCCUGUAGUCCAGGUUACUUGGGAGGCUGAGGCAAGAGAAUUGCCUAAGCCCAGGAGUUGGAGAUUGCUAUGAGCUGUGACACCAUAGCACUCUACCAAGGGCGAUAAAGUGAGACUCUGUCUCCCACAAAAAAAAAAAAAAAAUGUAGCCAGGUCUGGUGGCUUAACCGUGUAGCCCAGUGGUUUCAACCUGUGGGUUCCAACCCACAGGAACCGUAUUAAAGGGCCGUGGCAUUAUAUGAUGGGGACCACUGCUGUAGUCUAAGCUACCUGGGAACCUGAAGCAGAAGGAUUACUUGAACCCAGGUGUUUGAGGUUGCUGUGAGCUAAACUAAUGCCAUGGCACUCUACCAGGGUGAUAGAGUGAGAUAUUGUCUCCAAAAAAAUAAACAAACAAAUAAAUAGGGCGGCGCCUAUGGCUCAGUUGGUAAGGCGCCGGCCCCAUAUACCGAGGGUGGCGGGUUCAAACCCGGCCCCGGCCAAACUGCAACCAAAAAAUAACCGGGCGUUGUGGCGGGCGCCUGUAGUCCCAGCUACUCGGGAGGCUGAGGCAAGAGAAUCACUUAAGCCCAGGAGUUGGAGGUUGCUGUGAGCUGUGUGAGGCCAC